UACAGGCUGCACACUCUCCCUUUAUCAGUUUCUUGCAGGACUUGACUAGAACAUAGUUACGUUGCUGUCAUCAUGGCGUAUGACACUAAUAUGAGGUUUAAAUUUUCUAUAUUGGCCAUCGGACUCCAGAUCCUGCUCAUAGUCUUAUUUGGGAUAUUUGUGCGAUACGACACGCAGGGGCACACGACUUCUCAAAACGCCACUCGCAGUGAGUUUGUUGACUUGUAUCCGUUUUUUCAAGAUGUGCAUGUCAUGAUCUUCGUGGGUUUUGGGUUCUUAAUGACCUUUUUGAAAAGAUAUGGAUUCAGCAGCGUCGGCAUCAACCUACUUAUUGCAGCUUUUGGUCUUCAGUGGGGAACACUAAUGCAAGGACUGUGGCACUUACAUGGGGGGAAGAUUGAAAUUGGCAUCAAAAGUAUGAUAAAUGCAGACUUCAGCACCGCUACAGUGUUAAUUUCUUUCGGAGCUGUGUUAGGGAAGACGAGUCCACUGCAGAUGCUUAUUAUGGCCAUCUUUGAGAUAACCAUAUUUGCAUGUAAUGAACAUCUUGUGGCUUUCCUUGGGGCUACAGAUGUUGGCGCAUCUAUGGUCAUUCACGCAUUUGGAGCAUAUUUCGGAUUGGCUGCUUCGGCUGUUCUGUAUCGAUCUGGGCUGAAAAAUGGACAUGAACAUAAAGGCUCUGUUUAUCACUCAGAUUUAUUUGCAAUGAUUGGAACCCUCUUUCUGUGGAUGUUUUGGCCAAGCUUCAAUUCGGCCAUUGCUGAUCAUGGAGCAAACCAAGAGAUGGCCAUUAUUAACACUUACUUCUCGCUGGCGGCCUGUGUGCUUACUGCUUAUGCCUUCUCCAGCUUGCUAGAACACAAAGGAAAGUUUGACAUGGUUCAUAUCCAGAAUGCCACCCUGGCUGGAGGUGUCGCAGUAGGUACCUGUGCUGACAUGAAUAUUGGACCUUUUGGAGCAAUGACUAUUGGUUUUCUUGCUGGAAUAAUCUCUACUUUGGGAUUCAAGUUCUUAACUCCAAUUUUCGCUUCCAAGCUUCGGAUUCAAGACACAUGUGGUGUACACAACCUGCAUGGUUUACCAGGAAUUAUGGGUGGGAUCGCAGGUGUUGUAGCCACAGCCGUUGGGGCGAAACCCAACUAUUCUCCCGUUAUUCAAGGAGCUGCUUUGGCUGCCACCUUUGCUGUCGCUGUUGUUGGAGGUGUCAUUACAGGCUUCAUAUUAAAGUUGCCAUUCUUGGGGCAACCACCUGAUCAGAACUGCUAUGAUGAUACCAUAUACUGGGAGGUUCCCCUUGAGGAGGAAGAACCUGAAAACCAUUAUCAGGGAGAACAUGGCAAAAUCAGAGUUGAUGCAUAAUGUCACCACAGUAUCUCUUCUGGAGAAAAAAGAAAACCAUAGGCUUUAUACAAAAUAGAUAGGUCUGGAAGUCAUCCAAUAAGCUUGUUAUAUGUUAGUUAUGACCCUGAAUUCGGCAGUUACUAAAGGUACCAUACUUUAUGCUAGUUUAUAAUAGAUACCAUUGACCUCUGAAGUAUCACAGAUGCUUCCUUCUUUAAUUAUAAAACAUUGUCUGGAGCAAACUGGGGCUAAUCUAUUGUGUAUAAAGCCAUGACGUGAGUCCCCAUCAAAGCAUUAUGUCUUUUUUAGAUUUAACAUUACUUGCUGAUUACUUUUAUAUAUUUUUUUAUUUUUUUAAUUUUUUUGUGGUCAGAGAUCAGUUGUUAUUAUAGAGUCCAAAACUCCUUGCCAAAACAGUGAAUAAAUAACCCAAAAAAAUCAUAAUUACCUACAGCUACCAUUAGGGGGAGCUUAAGAGCUUAAUGCAUACUGUGUUAUUAUGAAGUCCAAUGUAUAAACUGUAAACAGUAAGCUUCUAAGCUCCCUCUAGUGGCAGCCAGAAUAUUUUAAUGCUAGUUUUAUGCAAAGGAUUUGGAACCCUGACCGCUUUAACGAUAUAUUAAAAAAUAAAUCUGAAUUUUGCAUCUAUUUUGAUGAUGUUCAAAGGUGAAUAUUCACUUUCACUUUUUACUUUCUAUACUCCAUGCUCAUAACUGUACCUCAUUAUUACAUUUAUAAAUAGAAAGAGUAUGUUCCAGAAAAUUCCUAUGGUUUAAACAUAUUUAGCAUUUUACACGAUUAUACAGGGAAUUCUUAGCAAUUACGGUAUAUGAUGCAGUGUAGUGCACUGGUCAAUAUUAGUUACAGCAUUAAGAUAGCAGAUUUUAUUUUUAUGGGUAUUUUUCAUUCAGGCUUAUUUGUUAUUGAUAUUUUCUACAUAUAUUAUAAUGUAUAUUAUGAUAUAAUAGCACACUAUUGUUUGAUAUACCCUAGCCUAAUAUAGCCCCUUAGCCAAUGUUUUUAAGGUCUGAGGUUCAUAAAUAUCCCAAUAUUUCAGUCACAUGUGAUCAUUUGCCAAUGGUCGUUUCAGAUAUGGCUAACUAUUCCGGAAUUUUCAUAGCUGAUGGCAGAGACGGAAGUUUCUGAAACUACAGUAGAGGGGCAGCAGAAUGGAGAUUUUGUUUAGUGCACUGUUGUGAUAUCACAAUUUUGAGAAUGUAUAUAGGAGUGACUGUACACAGAGACACUGUAUUACACCAUUUUUGGAAACUACCACAGUCUACGUAAUCAAAAUGUGGUCACAUAGAGUUAGAAGAGUUGUUUGAGUGUUUAAAACUUAUGACAUGCUCAGGAUUGGGCACCAGUAUCUGAUCAGAUGGGUCAAUUUUCUGGCAUCCUUUACAAUCAGCAGUUUGAAGAGGUUUUGCUACUUGCAGGAGAGCCACAACCUUUCCGAGGUCAGUAAUGUCACAAGGCCUAGACCAGUGAUGGCUAACCUCUGGCACUCCAGCUGUGGUAAAACUACAACUCCCAAGAUGCACACUUGCUUGGCUGUUCUCAGAACUCCAUAUAAAUGAAUGGAAUAUGCUGGGAGUUGUAGUUUCACCACAGAUGGAGUGCCGGAGGUUAGCCAUCACUAACCUAGGUGCAGCUCAGUCCCAUUAAAGUGAAAGGGCAUGGGCUACAAUACCAAGCACGUCCACUAUCCAAUGGACGGCACUAAGAUUAGUAAGCUGUAAAGAGGCCACAACCUCUUCAAGCAGCUGGUCAAAAGAGGUUUUGGGAGUCAGACCCCCAACAAAGGGAUACUGCUGACCUAUCCUGACUAUUGGUCACCAGUAUUAAACACUUGGAAAACCCCUUUGAGCCUCAUGCACAUGGCAGAGACUUGUGCAUAUAGCAUUUAUGGAAGCACAUGGAGAGAAGUGCAGUAGAACUUUAUAGAAGUCUGUGGGCAUUAUAUCAUGACCCCAUCAAUUGAGAGGUUGUACAAAGCCAUAAUAUGUGUAUGAGGUCUUAAAAACCUCCAGCCUG